AUGUCGAACAGUCCACGCCCAUCACCUUUGCUACCCUCACCUCUUCCUCGCGAAGAUGUAUCGUCUUCAGCCUCUUCCGCCACUCAAGCCUUAACCACUGCACGCAGAACCCAGCGGCGGUCCUUCCUCAGCAACAAUCCCAACGCUCGCGAUGGAGAUGAGCGGCUGCGCACGCACUCACCAGCUCCCAGCUUUACCUCGUACGCGCAGAAUUCCGGCAGCAAACAAGAAGAAACACCGCCAGAAGAGGGCAACGCCGAAGUAGAGGACGACACCUACAUACCUCCUAGUACAGGCCCCAACGAUGGUGCAGGUGGCAGUCUCCUGCCUCCACCAAACUUCCAACCUCUCUUCACACUCAUCGAAGAUGCUUCGACCGGAGAACACUACCAUCCAUCGACCUACUACAUCUUCUCGGAUGACGACCCUGAGAUCGUCACCGCCGCCUCCCUCCGCGCGCUCAACCCUUCCUUUGACGCUCCUCCAGCUGCUCGAGCGUAUUCCGACGAGCAGAGCUCAGGCAUGAUACAGACAUCACCACUGCCAGGCCCCAGAACAGGGGUAAAGGAGAGAUUUCUAGUUGUGGAUAUGGCACCAGACGGACAAGUUGUGGCAAAGGCACAAAGUCUGAAUAAGGAUUGGCAGGUGACGGGUACGGCAGUCUCAGCGGCACCUACGUGGGACGAGGGGGCAAAGGAGGCAGGAAACACUGGUCUCAUGCUGCGCGUGGAAGGAACGACACUGUCGGGAGCCGGGAAGAGGAGGGAUGCGGAAGACCUGAUAUCAGAGGCGCGGAAAGCAGCAGGUGGAGAUGUGAUCGCGGCUAUGGGGGCUGUACUUCGAAAAUUCGACGCGGGAAUGGAGGAUCUAGAUAAGAUUGCCGGACACGCAAGGGAGGAAGAGAAGAGUUAG